ACCAAGACGCGUGCGCGCCUUCCCCCUCUCGCCCCGCGGCGCCCAUCGGCUUCUCAGCGGCUGAGAGGCGACAGUACGCCGGGCCGGCAUCAGUCAAUACGCUCCCGCGGCGCGGUGUGGCUGACUGUGGUGCGUGUGCUCCUAUCCCGCCGCUGUGAGAGACUGACCAGAUUACCCAGGAUAGUGCGCGCAGUGUCGGUAGCGUUGAGUGCUGUGUGUCUGACAGUGGUGCGUCAAGCUUGUGUUUAUGAAGACGCGCGCCGCCUGAGCUCCACCAUGAAGAUAUUGUGGCAGAGUUGCGCGGCUUUGCUGAUAUUAUGCGGCAUAGCUACUGCUGGACCGGCCGACGAAGAGACGUUCUGCCCGUAAUUUACCUAUCUCGGGCAGCCCAGAACCACCACCACCACCUCCACGUAACCAUGACCCCAACAAUUCUUUCAACGACUCAAAGGAGAGCAAUGAGAUCUCCGAGGCAGAGUGUGAUCGAGACCAGUUGGUUAGCCGCAACUACGGAGUUAAUGUCAGGGCCAACGACAAGGACUUGACCACUGAGGAAAUGAGAAAACUCAUUGAGAGAAACGAAGCAGGCCCCUACCAGCACGGCCAAAGCGGACUCGCAAUCUCAGCCUACGAUACUGUGGCAGUGUAACCUAUAAUGUGGCUACAACUACGGAAAGCCUCUACUAGAUGUGCCCUUGUCUCUGUGGGGUGGAACAUACUUCUGCAAAAAUGCUGUGGAUGGCUUGCUUUUGAUUACGUGUCAUAUUGUUAGCAUUAUGUGCUUUAUGAUGACUUGUGAGGUUGAAUAUUCUUCCAUAAAAUUGGUUCAUACUUUUAAAUGUUGUAUUGAAAUGUGGGUGAAUGUGGGCUCUAAAGCCAAGUGAUAAAGAUUAUUUUCUAAUUUUAAUGUUUGUUUGAUCUGUUAAAUAGCAAAAGAAAUUAUAAUAAUGUGUUUAGGAACAAUAGAUAUUCAGUUAUAUUCACUUGAAUGGAAAACAGCUUUUCAGAAGAAGUAUUUUAUUCAACUUAAUUUUUGUUGUUAAUUUGUAAUCGAGUCAGCUUACCAAUGAAUUUUACAUUUCUUGUUAUGAAUUAUUGUGCUUAUAAUGAACUGAUUGAACUAACUAAUGGAGGAAUGUGCCUCAUGUUGUUUCUUUUUGUGUGUGUGAUUUGCAAAUUGUGUUGACUAACUUUCAUUGUUCAUAAUUCUUCAUCACCAAGUUCAUUCACAGCAUUUUAAAUAUUUCAUCUGAAAAUUUCUAUCUUUAACAUAAGCUGAUUCAUCAAGUAAAAACUUUUAUUGGCAUUAUACUAUGCAAAAAAAAUUUCCAUAUAUCUGCAAAGAAGUGAUGUUUAUUACAGCAGUGUCUCUCAAGUUAAUGUAAUGUCUCUAUAUAACAAUAUAUACACAUAUUUCCAGGUCAUUCUGAUCUGUGUUAACUGUCCAGCAUAUUACUUGAAUGUUCCAGUUGUUUAGCCUUCUGUUUUGUGUUUAGUUCACAAAAUGGCUCAACUUCUUGGCAUGUGAUAUUUUAUUGUCUAUUAUAAUGUAUAUGUUUUAAGUGUUGUCAAAGUGAGGAAUAAUGAGGAUAAAAGUAAUGAUGCUAGAUUAUAUCCUUGACUGUACUAUGCAGAUGAGAUAGGGAAAUGGGAGAUUUUUGAAAACAAAUGUGACUGAAGUUUGAAUGCCUUUGUGGACAUUGGUCAUAACUAGUUCUUGUGUUCCAAGUGAGGUUCCUGUUUGUAAUGUAUACAAUGUAAAAAUGCAUUUGCAAACUACAUUGAAUGUAAUGUUACCAAACAAUCAUCUUAAUUAGUAAUUUCCAUCUAAACAUCAGAGAUUUGAAAUCUGUAUAUUCUUAGUCAAGGAUGGUAUUACUGAAAGUAGCAUCCUCUUCCGCAGGAAAUUAUCAUCAUAUUUGAGAUGCAUAGCUUGUAAGUAGGCAGAGGAAUAGCAGGGGACUUGACACCAUGUAUAUUAUUGAGUUUGUGUGAGGAAAGUCCAGCCUAUUGUGCUUAUUAUAAUUAUUACUUUUUUCUUAACAUUUGAGUACCUUUUUAUUUGCAAGAUCGGAAGAAAUAUCACAGUUCAAACUUUGUUUUACUGUAAACAUUUCUUUGUGUAAUUUACUUAUCAAAACCUUUUUGGAAGUAUAUAAUUUUUUUUUUCCCUUCAAAAUUGUAAAUAUUUGUUAUGAAGAUUUAAUUUUCAUUAUGUUUUUAGUAUAUGUAAAGUUCCCAGUGUUAUUUUUCAUGUUAAUUUGCAGUCAAAGAGGCCCUCCCUGCAUUAUUCCUCUAUGGUCGAGUUGUGAUUUUUAAGGAAGCUUCACACUUUGUAUUUCUGAAUGUACCAAUCUAUAUUAUCCUGCUUGUGUGCUGAGUGUGACCUAAAUGUGUUUAUCGUACAUUGUUUACCAAAUUAAAAAAAAAAAACUUGAAUUUGCUUAAAGCUUUCGAACUGUGAAGGGUGUAUUAUAUACCCUGGAUUCUGUGUGAGUCUGGCAAUUAUAACGAAACAUUUCAUACAAUGAUACUACAACUAGUGAAGGAAUGAUGAUACAAAUCUUGCCUAGAUUAAGUAAAUCUGUGAAUGUACUCAUAAUAAGGAGUAUGAACAAUUUUUUUAAAGAAUUUCAAUGUGUAUAGCUUUGCUAAUUAUAUUGCUAGCCAUUCUUUUUUAUUAUUCAUUGUUAGCGCAAGUGUAUAAUAUUGUGUCUUCAACAAAGUCCUAUAAUGUAUUUAGAUUCGUCAUGAUCGUACUUGUAGCAAAAAGCAGUCAGUGUGUUUGUAGUAACUAAGAAACUAAGUUUUGACAAAAUGAAAUUUUACAAAAUGACUACGUAUACAAAUAGCACUCUCAAAAGUCAUUCUGAAAUAUCCAUAGUGUCUAUGCUGUUGUUCCAGUAGCUGAAGAAAUGAUUGCUUUUUCCACAAAAAAAUCCUUCCCCAUUUAUUACCAUAUGAAUUCAUUACAGAAUUACAUGGCUAUAUCUAUUACCAAUCAAUCAUACUGAAACACACAAUUGCAAGAGUGUGUUUAAAAUUUUAAGUCAGUGUUAUAUGACAUGCAUACACACACCUCUUCAUAUCUAUAUAUGUAUAGGUAUAUAGAUAUAUGUAAAACAAUGAAAUUAAUUGGUUUUUACAAAAACCAUUGCUUUUUAUGAUACUCAUAUGAUUACAGUGAUAUUUAUUGUAAUCAUCUUUAUAGUAAAAUAUUUUAGCAACAAAAGUUUCCUUUUUAAAUUUCUAAUUGUUUGUAUUUAUGUGAAUUGUAACAUUUAACAAAUCGACUGAACUUUAUAUGGUGGAAAAAUCUUGCAUUACAGUGAAUUUGUACAGCUGUGUAGUUAAGUUAUAUUUCUUUACUGUUAUUAUUAGGAGAUACUGAUGAUAUUGUUCUGUGAAGAGGGGAUUUUUCAAGAAUAUUGUUUUUGAAUGGUAUUUUAUGUCAUCAUCUGACAGUUUGUUCAUAUUUAGUAAUGCAAGAUAUUCUUUUUGUAUGAAAAAGGAGAAAAUGGAGGAUUUUAAUCUAGCACAUAAAUCCCCAAUUAUUGUGUACCUUUCAUUUGUUUAGUUAGUCUCAGCAUGGUUUCCAGCCAAGUGUGCUCGAUCCUGGUAUUUUGUUCCCUCUGUUCUAGGGGACUAUGUGUGUGAGAUGAGUAUUUGUACCAAAGUUGUAGAAUUAAUGGACUUUUGUGUUAAUAAAGAUUUACAAUCAA